AUGGCUGUCUCAAUCUUCAGAUUGGCCACCGCCCUGGGGCUUGUCCUUCCGUCAGUGACUUCGUUCGCUGUGCCAUCUGUCGAGCACCUCACACCCAGGCUACCUGAAGUCCCAUGGAAGAAGAGCGGUCUUUGGAGCGGGCGCGAAAGACGAGACGGCUACAAGACGAAUUGUAACCAUGGCCCACAGUCGAGAGGGUGCUGGAAUGGCGACUUCAGCAUCGACACAGAUAUGGACCUUCAUUGGCCAAACACUGGAAAGACUGUCAAGUAUCAUUUGACCAUCUCGAACGCCACUGGAGCCCCGGAUGGGUUCGAGAGGCCAAUUCUACUGAUCAAUGGUCAAACGCCAGGACCUACUAUCUUAGCGGACUGGGGCGAUGAUCUUGAGAUCACCGUAACUAACAACCUCCAAAGCAACGGUACUGGGCUGCACUGGCAUGGUCUUAGGCAACUUGGUUCAAACGAGCAAGACGGAGUGAACGGUAUCACCGAAUGUCCAAUCGCGCCUGGUGACUCCAAGGUCUACAAGUUCAAGGCCACGCAGUACGGCACAACUUGGUAUCAUUCGCAUUACUCUGUACAGUACGGCGAUGGCCUCGUGGGCCCCUUGGUCAUCCGGGGACCAGCAACAGCGAACUACGACAUUGACCUUGGUGCGCUUCCAAUGACAGAUUGGUUCCACGCGACCACUUUCACAGUGAACGCUGCAGCUGUCCACGCCAACGGUCCUCCAGUUGCGGACAAUGUUCUCAUCAACGGUACGAUGACAUCAGCUGCCGGAGGAAGUUACGCAGAGACAAUCCUUACCCCAGGAAAGGCGCAUUUGCUGCGCCUAGUCAACACCGGCAUCAACAACUACCUCCAUGUCGGUCUCGAUGGGCAUAAGUUCAAGGUUAUUUCUGCUGAUUUCACACCUAUUGAACCAUUCGAGACUGACAACCUCGUUCUCUCGGUCGGUCAACGUUAUGAGGUCAUUAUCAACGCAACCGAGCCUAUUGGCAAUUACUGGUGGCGAGUAGGUACUGGUGGUCGAUGUGAUGGCCCCAACGCGAAUGCGGCAAACAUCAGGAGCAUUUUCCGAUAUGCUGGCGCUCCCGCUGGGCAGCCCAACUCAACUGGCAAUGUUCUACCGGUGGGCUGCUACGACGAGGCCAAUAUCGUUCCAUACGCCAAGACGAUCGUUCCCCAGGAGAUGCCCGAAUCGUUGACUUUCGGCUUCAACGACAACUACACUAGCGAUGUGACGCAAAACCAAGGGCUGGUGCAGUGGCUUGUCAACGGCAAUCCUAUGGCAAUUGACCUCGAUCGACCCACCCUACAGCACGUGCUAGACGGCAACGUCACGUACGGUAACAACCGACACGUGUUUGAGGUCGAUGAAAAGCACAAGUGGCAGUACUGGGUCAUCCAGCAGGAUACUACCAACAAUACCGCGCCACCACUACCUCAUCCUAUCCAUCUCCACGGUCACGACUUCUACGUUCUGGAUCAACAAGAAAACGCAGUCUGGAAUGGCGACAUCUCUCGCCUCAAGACCAACAACCCUAUCCGCCGUGACACAGCCAAUCUCCCCGCCAGAGGCUACCUUGUUCUCGCCUUCGAGUCCGAUAAUCCCGGCGCGUGGCUGAUGCACUGCCACAUCCCCUUCCAUGUGGCCGCCGGUCUUGGUGUACAGUUCCUUGAGCGCUCGUCUGAGAUCAAGGCAAAGGAUGGUUUCGCUGAGAUGAAGAGAACGUGCAAGAACUGGCAAACAUAUCACAGGGAGUUCCACCCCAACGGCAUCCUAUUCCCUGGAGACUCUGGGCUACGGAGAUAG